AUGGCGUACUCCACCGUGCAGAGGGUGGCCCUGGCCUCGGGGCUCAUCCUGGCCGUGUCGCUGCUGCUGCCCAAGGCCUUCCUGUCCCGCGGAAAGCGGCAGGAGCCGGCGCCGGAAGGAAAGUUGGGUCGAUUUCCACCUAUGAUGCAUCAUCACCAGCCACCCUCAGAUGGCCAGACCCCCGGGGCUCGUUUCCAGAGGUCUCACCUUGCAGAGGCAUUUGCAAAGGCCAAAGGAUCAGGUGGAGGUACUGGAGGAGGAGGUAGUGGAAGAGGCCUGAUGGGACAGAUUAUUCCAAUCUAUGGUUUUGGGAUUUUUUUAUAUAUACUGUAUAUUCUAUUUAAGCUUUCAAAGGGGAAAACUGCUGCAGAGGAUCGGAAAUGCUGUACUACCACAGCUGGAAACACCCACAGGAAAAUUACCAAUUUUGAGCUUGUUCAACUGCAAGAAAAACUGAAGGAGACAGAGGAAGCUAUGGAAAAAUUAAUCAACAGAGUGGGACCUAAUGGUGAGAGAGCACAGACUGUGACUUCUGACCAAGAAAAACGGUUGCUGCAUCAGCUCCGAGAAAUCACCAGGGUCAUGAAAGAAGGAAAAUUCACUGACAGGCCCACUCCAGAGAAAGAAGCUGAGGAGGCCCCUUACAUGGAGGACUGGGAAGGUUACCCCGAAGAGACUUACCCAAUUUAUGACCUUUCAGAUUGCAUCAAGCGUAGGCAAGAAACAAUCCUGGUGGAUUACCCUGACCCCAAGGAGCCCUCUGCUGAAGAACUAGCUGAAAGAAUGGGAGUGCUGGAAGGUGAAGAAUCAGACCAUUUGGGUUGGGAAAUGCCCACUGACCCCAGACCCCGGGAAGAGAAUUCUGUUACCUCAUGUGACCCAAAGCCACAAACCUGUUCCUGCUCUUUUCAUGAAGAAGAGGAUCCUGCGGUCUUGGCAGAGAAUGCUGGAUUUGGUGCAGACACUUACACUGAGCAAGAGGAAACCACCAAAGAAGUAUGGCCCCAAGACUUCAGAGAUGAAGGCCUGGGCAUCAGCCCUGAUAAAGUACAUACAGGUGGCACGUUGAGGAAGCGGAACCCCCAGGUUCUGCUUUAG